AUGAAAGUGGAUCCCUGCCUUGAAGACAACCAGUUACAACACCACACAAGUUUUUUCUACUCGGCGGCUGCCCAAGAAGCCCUGGUUGUGAGGAGGGGACAGCCCUUUAAGCUAAAGAUGCAUUUCAACCGGGACUUCAGCCCCAGCAAGGAUGCAGUCAGCUUCAUUCUCAGCGUAGCCGAUGACCCCAACCCGACUCCUGGCCACGGAACACUCAACGCUCUGGUUCCCAAAUACGGAAUAGAAGAUCUUGGAGACCCUUCCGAGUGGAGUGCUGGCAUCGAAUCGCAAGAGAGUCAAACGCUCUCAGUGCUCAUAAAACCUCCUUCCACUUGUCCUGUGGCCGAAUGGAAGUUGGAAAUAGACACGAAGACAAAUGAAUAUGGAUCGAGGAGCUACUCCCUGCCAAUGCCCAUCUAUGUGCUAUUCAACCCUUAUUGUCCCAAUGACCAGGUCUUCCUAGGGGACCACGACCAGCGAAAGGAGUACGUGAAGAACGACACCACUCUAAUAUACAGAGGGUCCUACAACAGCAUAACUGCAGCGGGCUGGAAACUCGGACAGUUCGAGCGCGAUGUGCUGGAGUGCAGCUUGAAGAUCCUGGGAACUGUUGGAGAGCUUUCCCCAGCCUUCCGAGGUGAUCCCGUAUUAGUGGCUCGCACCUUGUCCGCUGUGGUCAACUCUAAUGAUGACCGUGGCACCCUGGCUGGAAAAUGGGAUUCAAAUUACACGGAUGGAGUUUCACCCUUAAAAUGGACCGGAUCAGCGGAGAUUAUUCAGCAGUUCUACAAGUCCAAAAGGCCAGUGAGAUAUGGCCAGUGUUGGGUUUACGGAGGUGUCCUAGCCACCAUGGCCAGAAGUCUGGGAAUACCGACCAGGAUCAUCACAUGCUUUAACUCCGCACAUGAUUCCGAUGGCUCUGUGACCGUUGACCUCUUCUUUGACUCGAAAGGCGAGAAAAUAAAAGUUAAUGAUGAUUCCUAUUGGAACUUUCAUGUGUGGAACGAAUGUUGGAUGAAGCGACCGGACUUGGGAGUGGGUAAGCACGGCUCCUACGAUGGCUGGCAGGUUGUGGAUGCCACUCCUCAGGUGGAGUCCGGAGGUAAAAGUCGACUGGGUCCCGGUCCUGUUUUGGCCGUGAAAUACGGAGAACUCCAAAAACCCUAUGAUAUCGGAUAUAUCUUCGCUGAGGUGAACGCAGAUAUGGUCCAUUGGCGCCACAAUGGAAGCGGCCACCCGUUAAAGCUCAUCCGAACAGAUACCCAAUACGUUGGCAAAAACAUCAGCACCAAGGCAGUGCUAAAAUUUGAAAGAGAAGACGUCACCGAUAACUAUAAAUUUGCAGAGCGCUCUAAGGAAGAAAGGAGCACUUUGGCCAAGGUGCUAAAACAACUAAACAAUUCAUUAAGUAGAUUUCAUCUAAAUAGCAAUUUUAAUGAAGUUGAGUUCGAUCUGCAACUUGAAGACGACAUUAACAUGGGAGAGAACUUUAAAGUGGUGUUGAGGGUAACCAACAAAAGUUGGACUAACACUCACGUGGCUGAAGGUAGCAUCGUAUGCCAAGCCGUCAAAUACACUGGAAAGGACGGAGAGGUGGUCAAGGCUAUGAAAUCGAAUCUGGAACUGAAGCCUCAGAGCACCGAUUACAUUUCCAUGGAGGUCCGCUUUAAGGAGUACUUCGAAAAGCUGUCCUCGAAGGGCGCUCUACGCAUUACCGCAGUGGGCACAGUUAAGGACACCGACUACGACUACUCCACUCGGGACGUUUUCAAUGUCAAAAAGCCGACUAUUCAAUUUCGAUUGGGCGAGGCUGAUCUUGUGGUCCAGAAGAUGAUAAAAGUGACCAUGACUUUGCAGAACCCACUGCCCAUUCCCCUGCACAAAGGUGUUUUCACAAUGGAGGGACCGGGCAUCGCACAGCCUUUGAGAUUAAAUAUCGCCGCUGUUCCAGUGGGCGGCACUGCGUCUGCAUCCUUUAAUUACACUCCGCCCUAUGCGGGUCACGUCGCCAUGGUAGCCAAGUUCAACUCCUACGAGCUGAACGAUGUGGAUGGCUACAAGGAUUACACAGUUGCAAACUUGUAA